AUGGCCUGGGGUAACGACGGAAAUACGAACGUCUUAGCUUAUCAACCGUCGCACUUCUCCGCAUACGGGACUCUCGUGUUCUUACGCUGUGAUCUUAAGGAACUGGGCACAAGAGUGAUGUACCACCGGCCAAAGGACCCCAACAAGUUCCUCCUGGAAGUACUCGGCACUCUGAAAUCCGCCCAGGGGCAAGGGACGCCGACUACAUUCUUCACGGACGAGGAUAUCGAUGCCAUGUUCUCACUGUUCGAUCCCACGGGCCGGGGUCAUAUUUCCCACGAGCAGUACGAGAACGCGCUCAAGACCCUGGGGAUUGACGACCCGAGCGUCGGUGCGCCGAAACACAAGCGAAUAUCCAAGGACGAGUUUCGAUCGUGCAUAUCUAAGGAACUCCUGGCCAACUCCGUUACGGCGUAA